AAAACAAUUUUAUAAAAAUUACAAUAGUAAAUAGUAAGUGCAAAUCAAGAAAGUAAUUCUAAACAUUUUUACUGUUUUUCAUCAAAUUAUCAUUAUAUUUACACUACUUAUGGUAUAAUUCUCUGGAAGUUCUUUUUUAAUCCGUGACUACCAUCAUACAUAGUAAUUUUUACUAUGAAAUUUUCUGCGGGCAGUUUCGCUAAAUAUCUUUAAUAUAAAUUUUUAAUAUUUUAAUUACUUCUGUUUAAUCAUUUUAAUAUUAAUCAUACUGUCGCUCAUCAAUUUAUUGAUUAGCAUUACUGAUUAGCAAUUAUCAGAAAUAAUAUUGAUUCGUCACGGUAAUAAUGUCAUCAUAACUCCAAUGGAAAUAGUUAUUAAAUUCUAUUUGAUAAAGAUUAUUUAUAACUUGUUAGUGUUACUUAAUGUUCUUCUGAUGACUAUGCUCAAAAUAUAUCUAUUCAGAUUGUAUUUUGAACUUUGUAUUAAAUUUGCCUCGCGAGGUCAAACUGUCAAUUCAGAAGAUAAACGUUUGGUCGGACAUAUUGUCAGACAAUGUCCUAUCAACAUUCUUCUGUUUUCGUCUUUCACGGGCUCAUAAUAAAGUAGCAAUGUUGCAUCAGCGAUCAUAUAAUACGCUUGGUAGGGUGAUCUAUAUAUAGAUAUAUAAUUCAACUCAUGCGCAACGCGUAAUCCGGAAGAAGCGAAUAUUUAGUCGCGUCGACGGCACGCACUUCGUUGAUGAUUAACUAUCAAAUUGUGAACGCGAUAACGCGAUAAGUCAACCCAGACAGUUAUCUUUGCGACGUGUAUAAGGUCCGCGCUUUGGACCAGUUUCUCGUAGUAUCGUGAAGCGCAUCAACCGAUCGAGAUGCAAACUGUACACUUGUGUUCGUCGCAGUAAAGCUUUUGUGUUGUUAUAUGAUAUCGUUCUUGACCCUCUACGGGAUUUUCAAGAAAUUGAAUCUCUAGAAACAAGAAAAAGAAAUAUUAUGUCGGAGAUAAAAGUAUUGGACGGCGGUUUUUCCACGCAAUUAUCUACCCACGUGGGUGAGAAGAUCGAUGGUGAUCCUUUGUGGACCUCACGUUUUCUUGUAACGAAACCGAGGGCCAUCUUCGCUACUCAUUUGGACUUUUUACGUGCCGGUGCCGAUAUCAUCGAGACGAACACGUACCAAGCGACUAUCGACGGUUUUGUAAAAUAUCUGAGUUUCACCGAGGAAGAGAGUCUCGAGAUUAUUCGUAAAGCCGUAGAUUACGCUAAGGACGCCGUGAAUGUUUACAGUAAAGAAAUAGAAGGUGAUGAAAAUGUAAAGAACCGAAGACCACUGAUCGCGGGAUCUAUCGGACCUUACGGUGCUUGCUUGCACGAUGGUUCGGAGUAUACUGGUUCAUACUGUAUUAACGUAACACGAGAAUUUUUGAUCGAUUGGCAUAGGCCUCGCAUACGCGCACUGCUAGAGAAGGAGGUUGAUCUAUUGGCGAUAGAAACAAUACCUUGCGCCCGCGAAGCUGAGGCUACAAUCGAUCUACUCAAGGAGUUUCCGAAUGCACGGGCAUGGCUGACAUUUUCCUGUAGAAAUGACGGAAAGAGCUUAGCAGACGGCAGCAAUUUUGAGGAGACUGCCGUGAGAUGUUACAAAAAUGCGCUGCCUGGACAAAUAUUAGCGAUCGGCGUUAAUUGCAUUGCUCCACAAUUCGUUACUACUCUGCUGCAAAAUAUCAAUAAGGACAAGUCGAAGGAUUUCAUACCGUUGGUGGUAUAUCCUAAUAGCGGAGAAAAAUAUAUAGUAUCUGAAGGAUGGAAGAAGGAAGGGGAAGCCCCCUCUUUGCACGAGUUUAUUGACGAAUGGCUAGAUCUUGGUGUUCGCUACAUCGGUGGAUGUUGUAGGACAUAUGCUGCGGAUAUCAAACGAAUAAGAUCUAAAGUAGAUCAACGGCGGGCAUAAACAUGUAUAAAUUAAAUGACUAUUGGAAAGGAUAACUUCAUAUUUUUAUAAUAAUAAAUUUAUAUUAAACGCUUGGAUAAACGUAAAAUACAUACACAAGAUGUCAAAUAAAUAACGCAUUUAAAUUU